GUACACAUAGAACACGGAGUCGCGUGUUCUAAAUGUAUUUAAUAGUUGGGUUGGAUCAAGACUGGAUCACAUUCUCACCACAAGUGAACUGCUCCAGAGUUCAUUUGAGACCGAAACCUUCUCUAGCUGUUCUCGGUCCAGUUGUUUAGAUCCGCACCUGAAUGCGAUGAACCAGAGUCGGUUUUAACCGGACCAAAUAUUGCUGGUGUGAAAACUCCCUUAGACAGGCUUUGGCCUGGAGGUAAUGGAGGAGUGCAGACAGGGGUUAUCAGAUCUACUGCUGGAGGGGGAUUUGGGAGCAGUGGCUUUGGGGCUGGAGCAGGGACUUUUCUCCUUGGAUGAGCUGGACCUGCCACACAACUCUGAUGGCUCCACUCCCCUUAUCAGCGCUUGCAAGAUGGGCCUCAAAACGGUCAUGCAUUUUCUUCUGGAAAGGGGAGCAGAUGCGACACUCUGUAACCACAGCAGCCAGACGGCGCUUCAUGUCAGUUCUCCAGACCUGCAGGAGGAGCUGUUGGCAGCCAUAGUGAGACCUUUAUCCCACAAAGGCCAACUGUUAGGGGCUGCCUGGAGGGGAGACAUUAGUGCCCUAGAGCACCUGCUGACAGACAACUUGGUAGAUGUCAACACUCAGAACCGGGAUGGACUCACUGCACUGAUGCUGGCGGUGAGGGAAGUGGACCUGUUUGAAGGGCUGAAGGACAUCAUACCCUGGGACUACAACCCCACUGAAACAGUGAAGGCACUGUUAGCUCUAUCUGCGAGCUUAGAGAUACAGGAUCAAAGGGGCUACACGGUUCUUCACUACGCCUCUCAGAUUAGGACUCCCAUCAAAAAUGAGAUUCUGCAGAAUAUUUCAAAUUCACCUUCACAAUCAGUGCCCACACAUGUGGAACCACAGUGUCAUUUCCCUACAGACUGCUGUACUAAUUCCCUCAGCCGCUCUCCUCCUCCAGCAGGGAGUGUUCUGGAGUGCACUAAAGUCAGAGAGAGCCACGGAUAUUUCAAUAAAGAUAAGAUCACCCUCUUUUUCCACUCUUCUAUGGAGCCCAAGAGAAGCACAAGGUCAGGUCCCUCACAGCUGAGCAGGACACCCGGUUGGACAUCGUCGCUGCCAAACCUGCAGGACAGAAGCAAAUGUUGGGACAAACUUGACACACAACACUCAUCACCAUCAGAGGCUCCUCUUAAAUCAUCUUUAAUACCCGUACCCCCAAGACUUGCAAAGAAGAGUAAAAACAUCACAGAGAGUCCUGUAGUCCCUCAUCUCACUUACCUUAGCCAGUCUGCUCCAAGCUUGGCUCUCCUCGAUGCAAGUGUUCUUCUACAAGUACGGGAGAAUAUAUACAACAGGCUGAGUGGGCUGAGUGAUGAAACAGACAGUGACAAUAAUCGACAAAAGGCUCCACCUCCCAUUCUCUCUACAAGGACUCCAAAACACUUGGCUCCACUUGAUAGAAAAUACCGGGAUUGCCCAGCGUUCUCCAGAAUCCCGCGUCCAUUGGUGCUUAAGCCGAUCAGCAGCUCACCUGCUGUCUCCGUCACCAGGCAUCACGGAGGAAGGUUCUCUAGGCAGACCAUGAGAGGGUCAAGAGGUGCCCGAAGAGGAAGUGCAGAGAGUGCUUCCAGCAGCAGCUGUAGCAGUGAAAGCUCUGUGGACUUGGAUGAGGAAGAGGAGGAGGAGGAGGAAGGAAGUGGCCCUCAGGAGUUGCAGCAGAUGUUAAGCACCUUAUUAAGAAGACAAUCUCAGCAUAUCCUAGAGUCUCCCUUAUCUUCAGAACAACUGGAGAAUUUGGGAAGAACUGACAUUGUUGAAGACAAUCAUUCAGAUGAUAAGGAUACGCUAAUCAGAGCUCAAUUCAAGAGGAGUCAAGAGGUUGAAGCAUUGAUGAGCCAUGAAUCUAUGAAUCAAAAUGAGGACAGACAUUCUGUAGACUUUUUAAAAAAGGACAAAACUGCUGAAUCUGUAGAGACCUCUUUACCUGAUCUUGAUGUACCAAGGGGUUCAGAGAUUGUGCCCAGACCAUUGCCCAGAAAAUACCUUAACCAAUACCAGUUUUUACCUGAGAAUGCCACAACAUUGUAUCCAGCUUCAGAGGAAAACGCCAAACAUAAGACAACAAAAAGCAAGGGAAAAAAAUGCCUUCUCUUUCAUACCAAUCAAUCUUUCAACAUCUUGGCGCACAGAAAUACAAACUGGGGUAUUGUUCAGCCCAAACGUCACAGAAGGCAUUCUUCUACUUCAACUCAAGCAAAAACCAAAGAGAUUAACUCUCAAGAUCACAUUGUUAAGGGGGAAGCCACCAGAAAACCUAACUGUCCAAGCAUGCCGUCUGCAAAACAAAGUCAAAAACUCAAAAAAGUUGCUCCGUUGUCUCAGAGAAAGGCAGCAGAACUUCAAUGUGAAAUUCAAAUAAAUGGAGAUAAAAAGACAUUAAAUAAGUGCCACACUCCAAAGGAACUUCACAAUCGGGAAUUAAAGACUGCAAGGCAGCCUAAAAAGCCAGGAAAUAUAGGUACUGUAAGAGCAAAAUCAGCUCUGGACUCUGUCAGUUACAGCGACAUGUUCAUGCAAAUCCAUAAGGAGGAAGAUAAAGGGCCGGCCAUCUUCGAGAUGUUUGCCACUCCACUAUAUGAAAAUCUCAGAGAAGGGCGUUGUGCCGAGAAGACCUUGCAAGUGCAGCCACCUACUCAAGUUAAGAGACCCUUAAAUGGACAGAGAGUUCAAAAAUGUAUGGACGGUAACAGAAGGAAACAGACACAGAAGUGCAGCAUCACUAAAAGCAAACCACGCAAGAGAAGAGAUUCCCAACCAAGCAGGUCACACAAGAUCAAUCAGUCUUUUGACAUAAAUAAAGACAAUGCAGUUGAAAUCACUAGUCCUGAUGGGAAUUGCCAGAUACUAAGAAAUGAAAGUGACAAAGGUGAUGUUUUUAUUACAAAAAUGGAAAAUGAAGGUCCAAUUCUGUCAGUCAUCAAAGAGGUUCUUUCAACAGUGGCAUCCAUCCAUCACGAGCAGAGGGAUUCCGCCACUUCCUACCAAUCAGCCUUGCAUCCUCGUAUCUUUAUUCAAACAUCAGACGAACAUAAAGAUAACCAGGAUGUCUCAAACAAGACUGAGGAUGUAGUUUUGGACAAGUUCCCAGCAGAGCCCUUGAUCAACACGUGGACAAGCAGCAGAACAAGGUCACCUGUGUAUCAAAAGUUUCUGGAUGAAGUGGGUGAGGGGCCAGUUACAGAUGAUUUGCUGAGAUGUUUAGCAGAAGAAUUAAUAUCACUGGAGGAGAAAGAAGUGGAAACACUGAGGUCUGAACACACGGAGAACAACGUGAUCAUAACUGAUCCUGAGCCAACAGUCAAGAGCGCGAUCAAUGAGGAUCCCACAUGGUCUACAAAGAAAACUUCAUCUUCUGACAAACAGCCUCGCACUGAGAGAUCCUGCAAAGAUGACACCAUCACAUGGGCCAAAGGAGAGGUUCUGGGCAGAGGAGCUUACGGAACUGUGUAUUGUGGGCUCACCAGCCAAGGCCAGCUGAUUGCUGUUAAACAGGUGCUGCUGGACGUCUCAACCUCAGAAACAGCAGAAAGGGAGUACAGUCGUCUGGAGAGGGAGGUGGAUCUUCUAAAGAACCUCGAACAUCCAAAUAUAGUAGGAUUCCUGGGCACGGCUCUGACUGAUAACGUAAUAAGCAUCUUCAUGGAAUACGUACCCGGAGGCUCCAUCUCCAGCGUCCUCAAUCGCUUCGGGCCCUUGCCAGAGAAGGUGUUCACCCUUUACACCAGACAGGUCUUGGAGGGCGUGGCUUAUCUGCAUGAAAAUCGGGUCAUUCACAGGGACCUGAAAGGGAACAACCUCAUGUUGAUGCCCACUGGUGUUGUAAAGCUGAUAGACUUCGGUUGUGCCCGUCGCCUGAAUCGUCUGACGCACAGUGGAGGAAACAGCGAUCUCUUAAAGUCUGUGCACGGAACCCCAUACUGGAUGGCUCCGGAAGUGAUUAACGAAACAGGCCAUGGGAAGAAAUCAGACAUCUGGAGCAUCGGGUGCACUGUGUUCGAGAUGGCUACAGGAAAGCCCCCGCUGGCACACAUGGGCAAGAUGGCGGCUCUUUUCUACAUAGGGGCUCGGAAGGGGUUGAUGCCGCCACUGCCUGAUGAUUUCUCUGAGGAGGCAAAGAGCUUUGUGAAAGCGUGCUUGAUCAGCAACCAAAAGCAGAGACCAUCAGCAGCAGACCUCUUAAGGCAUCCAUUCAUCUCUCACCUCAGGCAGCCCAAGAGCAGCAAGCCCAGUUUACACCCAAACCACUCCAACUAACUGUUACCAUUAUAAUAAUUAGCCUAGUGCCUUUCAGAUUUCUGGAAUAAACUGCAAUGUGAAGCUAAUAUAUUAUUAAACCUCCAAAAAGUAGCAUGCUGAAAAACUCAGUCAGUGUAACACUUAUCAGGUGAAAUUGCUGUCCAUUUGAGGCUGUUUAAAAUUUGAAAAUAUGUCUAAAAUCUUAGUGUUUCAUUUCCCCCCCCCCAUUUGAUAUAGUAACAAAAAAAGUUUUUCAUUCAUUUUUAUAAUUUUCUGUUUUUUUAUAUGUGCCCCAUACAAUCCAACUUUAAGUUAAAAAAAAAGUUAUCUUUAUUCAAUUUUUGUAUUUUCUCCCCAAGCCUAAAGGAAAAAUUCCAUCCUAAUAUUGUUACGAAAUACAAAAAUACAUGGUCAAGAGAUUGAUUUUCCCUACAUUUUUUAUUGUGAGGGGUAGAAAUGAAAAACAAGAUAAUAAAAAAAAUGAAUAAAAACUCAAUUCUUUACUACCCUCUAUGGGAAAUUCUAUUUUUGGUAUUUAGACUCAAACUGUCAGACAACUGAACUGAUAAACAUUACACUGACUGGUUUAAUGUAACUAAAAGAGGAAACGCAGAUCUCUCUCACAAUAGAAAUGACAGACAUAUCUGUGCUAAUGGUGCCAAGUUUUCUAAGACAAUAAUUUCCUAAUGUGGGACACUGAUCAGCUAUGUUAAAAGUCUAAAUUAAUUAAUAUAAUUUAAUAUAAUUCUGUUACUUAAGAAAACGUUAAUUUACCAUGAAAUUCCAUCUUCAGUAAUUGUACCACUUAUGUUACUGCUUUAAUAAAACCAUUCAUAUAAGACUUUCAUUUUGUAUACAGUUGCUCACUUUUCACAAUGUGAUUAAACAUAAUAUAUGAAUAUAAUAAAAGCAUUCUACAUUGA